CAGCCUUAUGCUGUGCUUGUAGUUUCUUCCUAUUUUUUCUCUGCUCUGCACACUAUGCAUUUUGGCAUCCUUAAGAUCCAGACCCAAGUGCUUGAGAUUUCUCUGCAGCCUAUGGAACUUCUCAGCAGAGAGAGGAAGUGCGUGUCUCUAGCUCCCGUCCCCAUGACACCAGUGAGGACAGAUCCCACCAUGUACCUGUGCAGAGGGAUGUGUCAAGCAAGGCAACUUGUACUGCCCACACUUUUCUUUCAACAAACAUUGCUGUAGAGUGAGCAGAAUAUGUGAGUUGUCUUACUUGAGCCAUAUUCUGUGAUGGUGCAGGGUUAAAGGCGUGGCAAGAUGUGGCUCUAUAUGUUCAGUGUGUGGUCCUUUCACUAGUUCUACUUCAGCAGGACCCCAUCUCAGGUGCCUUGUCCAUACCUAAUAUGUUACUGAGGUUUUCCACAUAUUUGAAGUGUUCAGCAUUUAUGUUUCCAGGGCAGGGUAGUCAUGUUGGGUAAAUGAUGCUAUGAAAGUGAGAAAUGUGUGCCUUAGCAUUAAACUAGUGCCUUGAUACGAUGUGGUGCCCCUGAGGCUUUGACCAACAUCAAGUCUGCCUUUGUGCAGCAAAGCAGCAUCAAGGCAAGGUGCUUGGCACUGCCUGAAGGUCAGCUGCCACCAAGAAACCAAAGAAUGGCUUGGGUUGGAAUGGACCUUGCAGUCCAUCUGGUUCCAACCCCCUGCCAUACACAGGGACACCUUUCACUAGACCAGGUUGCUCAAAACUCUAUCCAACCUGGUCUUAAACACUUUACAGGGUGGGACAUCCACAGCUUCUUUGGGCAGCCUGUUCCAGUCCCUCACCAGCCUCACAGUGAAGAAUUUCUAUCUAAUAUCUAACCUAAGCAUGCUCUCUUUCAGUCAUCGCCCCUUGUAAUGUUACUGAAUGCCUUUGUAAAAAGUCCCUGUCCAUCUUUCCUGUAGGCCCCUUUAGGUACUGGAAUUGCCUCCCUCAAAUGAUCAGCAAGGUUUUAAUUGCCAAGUUUGUGCAAAAUCAGUCUUUUGCAAACUUAAAUACUUGGCUCAAGUUUGUUUGUAUGACAAAGAGAAGCCCUACCCGUUUUCCCCAGUUUUGCUCUGAGCACAGCACCAUGCCAGGGGCUUGUUUGUGAGCAGCUUGGAGAUAUGUUUAUUGUCCUUCAAUUGUGGUUUCAUUUUGGGUCAUUUCCUGCACAUGAAUUUCAGCUGUGACAUUCUUGCCAAAGGCCAAAGCCUUAAAAACAGGGGUUUUCAUAGAAAUGAAGAAUUUUAAAAAUUAUAAUGCUGGGUUCCAUGUCAGAAAGUAUCCAGGACCCUGUAUUUCAUUUUCUUACUUUACAAGUGAAAGUAAGUCUUGCCUCUGCCAAGUGCUAGCCCCUCAAAAAGUGCUCAAUAUGCAAGGUCACACUUAAGUGCAUUUUACAGGAGUGCAUGGUUUGUAUUUUGUUUAGUCCUUGCCACAUAAUUGUCUGGUUUUGGCAGUUUGAGCAAAUGCAGAAGUGUCAGGGAGCUGUGGUCUCUUGAUCCCUGCAAUUGAUGUCUGGAGUGCUUCAUGUGAAACUUCUCUUGCAUCCAAAUGUCUGUAAAAAUACCAACUGUGCAUUAGCAAUGACAAUAAUGACAGUGAUAUUAUUAUGCAUAAUACUACUACUACUAAUAAUAAUGUGCUUUUACAAGUGGAAAGCUCUUGCACAGAAUAUUCUGAGUUCUUGAAUCACAUUUUUCUGAAAUGUUUCUGUUAGCUCUGACAUUGGUAUUACACUGAGCGGUAACUUAAAUUUCAGUUACUAUCUUGAUGCAGUCAAUUUUACCUUUCAGUAUGCUUUUUUUUGUGUGUAAUAUUUUAGGCCAGAAGUGCCUGGUAAUGCACUUUCAUAAAAAGGCAGAGGACUCCUGUGUGCUUGAGCUAACUAAAAUAUGCCAGUUUAGAGCAGAGUUUAAACAGUCCAGCUACUUCCAUACAAAUACCAUGAGCUCUGCAGUGUAAAUCUGAAGUUUUGGCUUUGACUGGACACUGAGAGGCAGAAGGGAAGAGCUGCAAGACCAAUUUCUUCCAUUUGCAUUCAGAGUGAUGGCUUUGAUAUUUUGCUUUCUUUGGCAUUGCUCUGUGCUUCUAAUCAAUCUUGAAAGAGGGCAAGACGCAAGUAAAACACUGCUGGAAUAACCUCUGCACAUACCUGCUGAGGAAGCAGAGGCUUUGUGAUCUGGUGCACCACCAGGAGAUAUUAAUCAUUUGUGAUUAUUACUCAUAAAUUAUAUGUAAUUAAUAAUCCAUGUGAAAAAUACACAGCUCUGCACCGUCUGCACACAGAAUCAGGUACACUCAGGAGAGGGCCAUGAAGAUAGAAAUAAAAUCUGUGUGGGGUGUCAGCCAGACCUGUACAGAGAUGGGAAUGAUAAGUAACACGGAUGUAGUUUGGUGAGACAGGGCUGGCUUUCUCCUUGCUUGAGUAGACAAGCUCAGAAGAGUUGAUUUUUCUGUUUGUCUUGGGUUACUUGAUCCUGCUGUUGUCCUGGAUAUCAGUUGGGGUAAGUUUUUAUCAAGAGGUAGCUUAAAAUUCAUUGGACUGUCCUGCAUUGCGUGCUUACAAAGCAUCCAGGCAGAGCCGGGGGCACUUCCUGAAGAGGGGAACUCCAGGAGUGGGGCAGCUGCCACUGGACCUCUGCCUGGAGAGAGCAGGAGGAAUGCUGCUUGUGGUAUUCCCUGCCACCUAAUGACUGUGCAUCCUUGGAGGGUGGGGUGCUUGGUGCAAGUCUUGUUCUGUUUAGUAAACAAGAUUUAAAAAUCAGGAGAAGAAAAAUUAUUGUUAUUGCUAAGUAAGACUUCUUUUUUUCCCCAACUAGGUUUCAGUUAUCUUCACAUAUCAACAUAAAAACCCAAGGUAUUUGUACAGGAGGAAACUAUUUCCUUUAAUAUAUCCAUUUGGAUUCAGCGUGGCAGAAAAAAAAGAAAAGCAUUUUGACAAUUGUGAAACAACCAUGAGUGGCAUUAGGGGUGACUCAACAUGCAGCUCUGCAGCAGGCACAAUAAGAAUUCUUAGAGUGGGCUACUUUCAAAUAAUAGAUUUAGUGCAUUUACGUAAGUUCUGUUUGAAAUGUAUAGGCAUUAAAUAGCAAUUCUGAAUGGGAACAGAAUUUUUUCCACAUUAAGAAAAAAACAGUAGCAGAGAUUUCAGAGGCUGCUUCUUUAAAUGAAGGUUAUUUUAUGUUUUAAUUUUUUUAAUAGGAAUAAGAGUUUUAGGGAGAUUCAUGUUUCAUUAAUGACAUGAAAUGCUUUUCAUGUGUUUCUCGUCCAGUAUUCUGGACUGUCAAUUCUCAGAAGGUUUCUGUCAUGCUUUUUCUUACUUAAAUGGAAGUGGGGCUAAGCAUUAUUCAUCUUGGAUGAAGCACCCUGUGCCUUAACAAGGAAGCUGGAUUAUACAGGAAAUGAAGAACUGAACUUUCCUUUUGUUCUUGUAGGCAUUUGUAGAGAGAAAAUGGCAUGUGUAGGCUAAGGAAUGCAUUCAUAUCUUGAUUAUAUAGCUGAAAUUGGUUUUGUAAAGGUAAUUGUAGUAGGGUAUAUUUUAGAUAAUCACCCAGUAGGUAAGAACACAUUAUGGUUGUUGCUGCACAGUAAGAAUAACUUCUGUCACACAUGGAUAGAUACAUUAACAUCAGCAGUUCCUGUUGGUGAUCAGGGAGUCUGAAGAAGACUGCCAGCUCUAUAGUCUCCACAUUUUCUGAAAAAAGACUGAGGGAGCUAAGAGGGCACUUGGGACAGCCCUAUGUGGAAGAGUUGUGUAAAUAAAACCUUUCUUGCAACUGAUGGGCCUCAGUGUUACCAAAACUAUUCUGUUUUCUAGAUAAUUGUGUGAUUCUACUUGUGGUUUGGGGCUGGCAUUCUCAUUUGUUUUUUGGGUUUUUUGAGUAGAGGGUAUCUGAUCAGCAGACGUGGUUGAACUUUUGAUAAGUCACUGACAAUUACCUUAUUUGUCUGGAAAUUAUUUUCUUUUUCUUAUUAUACCAAGGUGAGAUCCUCAUCUCCUAUUUGUUAGAACAUGAAUGUUGCUUAACAAGUUGACAUUGCUUUACUCUGUAAAUGAAGGGUUUGUAAUGAACUAAUUAUUAAGCAGUGCUUUUCACAUAUCUUGGUACAUGUUUGAUCUGUUUUCAGUAAUUUUUUUUUUUUUUUGUGUGGUGCUGAUAAUAAACUGGGAAAUCAAAGAAUUUGUGAUCUCUUGGCAUCACUUAAAAAGGCAUAUUUCCCUCUUCUAAACACUAAUGGGAUGCAAUCUUGUGUAGGUAUUGAAUUAAUAUAUUUAAUCAUUUUUCUGUGUCUCCCUCUUGGUUCAUUCAGUUGAGGUCUAUGUACACGUGCAUCAUGCUUGAGCCUGCUCUUUAAGGGAAGGCCUGAGGUGUGGUCCUGGAAAACAGCCAGCAAGGAAUCCCUGUGUCUCGUGUGGCAAAAAGUGAAAGUGCAGCUAAUGUUAAGCAUGUCCUUCCUCACCGUUCUUUUUUGGUAUUGUAGAAGGCUGUACAGCUUUUUGGCACAGCUGCUGAAACGGUGGAGCAACUACCUUCAGAGGCAACUCAUAAGGAAUCUCAGUGUGCUGCCAGAAGUUGAUCUACUUGGUUAUAGUGCAAGAGAAUGGAAAGGAGAAACAAAGCAGGCCAAGCAGAUGAGGGAGGCAUAUGAAGAAUUGUUCAGGAGCUAUCAUAUCAAGUACCUGAGACAAGUCAGGAGAGACAACUACAGUGUAAUAAGAGCGGUGCUUUUUCAGAUAUUCAGCCAAGGCAUUCCUUUCCCUUCGUGGAUGAAGGAAAGAGAUAUAUUGAAGCUCCCUGAAAAGCUUUUGUAUUCUCAAGGUUGUAACUGGAUUCAACAAUACAGUUUUGGGCCAGAAAGAUACACGGGUCCCAAUGCCUUUGGGAAGUUGCGCAAAUGUAUGGAGGCCUUAAAGACAAACUGGGCUGAAAUAAGUACUACAAGAGAUCAUGAAGAAAGAGGAAGCAUGUGUAAUACCCUGUUUUCUGAUGAAAACAAGGAAUACAAACUAUAUGAGGCCAUAAAAUUCAUCAUGCUCUAUGAAGUUAUCGAAGCCUAUGAGCAGAUAAAGAGCAGUGAUGAACCCGUACACAACCUUUUUAGCCUUCUCUUUGCUCGUGACUCUUCAUCUGACCCUCUGAGUUUCAUGAUGAAUCAUCUGAAUUCCAUAGGUGACUCUAUUUGCUUAGACCAGGUUGAACUGUUUCUUCUUGGAUACUUACUACAAGUAAAGAUAAGAGUUUACAGACUGCACAGAUUUAAUACUGAGGAAUUUCAAGUAAAGUAUCCGGAUGAAUACCGAAGGGAAUGGAAUGAGAUUUCUCUCCUGACUGAGGAUGACCGCUACUAUCACAUCCCCCUUUUCAGAAUGUGAAGGACCAGUGACUUAUUUUUCCCUUUGUAUAGUAUAGUGAAUGACCAGUUCCAGUGAAUUAGGUUUCUAAUCAGCAGCAGUAAAUUCCUAAGAAUGCUCAUUAAUGAUUACAAAAUGGUUUAUGGGUUUAUUGUGUAAACAUUUUGCUUUCCCAUUGCAGCUCAGUUCACCAUCAGUCAGCCAUAAAAAUUAUAAAAUAUAUUGCUAUACGGUCUGAGGCAAAAGAAUGUGAUGUUUGAGGGCUGUCAGACAAAAAAAAUUGGACUGCCUGACAACGAAGGCAAAGAUUGUGCUAGGUUUUCUGUUGCUAGCCUAAGGGUUUACUCUGACAUCCAUGGAUGGGUUAAACUCAAGUGCCUAAAUCAAUGACUGCCUUUCCCUACUCCUGUCUGUCACUAGCUAUGGAGGAUGAAUCACAGAAGAAGGAAAUACUGGGCUCCUAGUUUGUAUUCUGUGGUAUUUAAAUUGGAUUGACUGGGGAAGGGAGGAUAUAACCUGAGGCCUCUGCAAUGGCUGCUUGAAAUCCACUUGGCUUCCCUUGUUGCCGGAGCACCUCUCUCCAGGGAUGGACAGAGCGAGUAGUGGCAGGUUGCGCGCAACUUUAGACAUGGGAAAUGGAGCUGUCUGCACCCAGUGGUGAUCCCUGAAGGGGAAGAACUGUUCACACAGGGGGAAAAAAUCAACACAGGAAUACUGUGACAGAUGAAUGGAAGUUCUCCUGUGUAAGUGAAUAAAGCACAUCCCUUUCUCUAGGGUAAAAAGGGCAGUGUUAACAAGUAACACACAACAGAGUCACACCCAGUGGCUGCAUAUGGCUUUGGUCAACUUGUAAAUCCUUUAAGGGCUGAUUUCAAUAUUACCUGCCAAGAUUUCCUUUGCAAUUCAUCUGAGAAGCUGUGCGUGGAAUACAGGCUAAAACCACUGCAUUUUCAGAAAAUACUAAAUUUUUAUGCAUUAUAUGAAUUCAGCAGUGUUGCAUAUAUAUUUUAUCCUCUGAUUGUGUAUUAAUCUCCUUGCCUAAGAUUGCUAUCUUUAAUUUAGACCUCUGUAUUUGAAGAAGUCUGUCCAGGAAGGAAAAUGAGAUUUACCUUCCUACAUGGAACAUUUUGCUCAAUUCUGUUUUCCAAAAGAAUCAAUAUGUUUUGAUUAUUUCAAAAUAAGGGACCUUAACUUGACAAAGUAUUAGAUCUUGCAAAAUAUUUGUGAAAAGCUUACAAUGCCACAGUCUAAUGGUUGUAUUAAAGAGGGUGAGAUUUAUUAAGAAACAAAGCCUCUCCUUUCCUUAUCCUAGAGGUAUAGAGGGACAGGCAGGUUUGUUUUAUUAAAUCUGCAGGAUAAAAUGCAAGCCAGUAGCAAAAAUGGGAAGAGGGCCUGCAGGAGCCAAAGUAGUUGCAUGAGGUAUCUUCAUGAUAAUGCUUGUGGUUGGCGGAGUGUACUCAGUUCCUUUGUGUAAAAAAAGCUAUUUUGCCCUUUAUGCUCCUUUUAUUUGUGUGUAUAUAUGUAUAUAUGUAUUUAUAAAUACAAAUGCCUUAGUUCUGUAUUGUAGCUGUUUUGUUUCCUGAAAGUUUGAGUUCACUUCUAUUGAAUGAUUUGUAGAUUUUAAUUAAGAAGGCUUGAUAGCUGUAAUAAUUUCAUCUCAUCAAAACUAGCAUAGCAAGUACUUUUAUUUAUUAAAGUUUUUUCACUGAAUGAAAUAAUUUUCUUAUUUUAGAUUUGGUUCUGCUCUGCAUGGGAGAAAGUUAUAAUACUUAAGUGUAGAGUAUUGUUAUCUGUUUUGCAUCAACAGUAACAUUUACAGUUAUCAAUAGACUUGUCUGUAUUUUAUUCUUGUUUUGGAACAAACAGACAUACCAUAAAUAAGUAUGUAUUUUUGUAGUGAGCUUUUUAAUGAUUUUCAUAUUAUUUGUGUUUAGUAAUACAAAAGCAUUCCAGCUGAAAGUGAUAAAUUGUGAAAAUGUACAUUUUUGUGAUCUUGAGCAUAUUAAUAGCAGGGAAUUAAUAAAAAAUCUAAAACAGACAGUGGAAUUUACCUUGCCAAUUUGGAUAUUUGCAUCUGAACCAGGUCACCUGAGCCAGGGCUUUCUGCCUUGUCAGUGGAAGGCAGACAGAGGGAUAGGUCUCUAGAAGGGACUGGUUCUCUUCACUGACUGUAGUGGGAGCUGACAGUGAUCAGCAUAACUCUCUCUGCUCUAGAUAUUUGAAGUUAGGUGAGAUUAAUGUUGUCCCAAGAAUCCGGAAAGGACAUAAAGAAACAGAUCUCCUGGCUUAUCAGGAGUCAGCCAAGUCAUGCCAGGAACAGAAAUAGGAGAUGACAACAGAGGAACUUCAGGUGAGGAUAAUCACAAGUCUUAGAGAUAAAUAUAGAGAGGCUCCUAAGAAACACUGAGACAGGUUUGAGGCUGCACUGAGUUUUAACCAGUUCUCUGAUAAUAUAUUUUACAUAUGUAUAAAGCAAAAAUAAAUAUCUGUUUACAUGUAAAUAAA